CUUUAUAAAAAUAAAUAAAUAAAUUAAGUUAUAAAAAAUGAAGUUCAUUUACUCAGUUGCUUUCUUGUGCAUCGUCUCAGUCGCCAUUGCUCAUCAUGAUGAGGAACAGCAACAAGCUCGGUCUUAUUUUGGUGAUGCCAAAUAUUUAUUUAAGACAUAUCAAGAAUGUGCCUCGCAAGAUCUCUCAACAUGCCUCAAGUUGAAAUUGUAUACAGUCGUCGAUAGAAUUGCGCGCUCAAACAGUGACUUGAAAAUUUAUGAUGGCGUGACAUUCGUUAGUGAAAAGGUCGAUGAGGAGCACUCACCACCAAAAUCAGAACAAGAAGUUGAAGCCUCGUUGCCACGCUCACUUGAUGAUAAGGAACAAUCACUUAAUCAAAUGAUUAUGGAUAGACUUCUCUCAUAUUUCGAUAACCAUACAUUGAAGGUCAAAUUCCCAUCUGCAGAUGAAAUGAAGCGAUCAAUCAACGAAGCUCGUCAAAAGGGAGGUCUCGGUGGAAACAAGGGUGGUUCAGGAGGUGGCAAGAAGAAUGGUCACUACAUCAUGAUCCCAUUACUUCUCGGAAGUACUCUCGUCCCACUUGCCUUCGGUGCUCUCGCUUUACUCGCUGGAAAAGCUUUGAUUGUCUCAAAAUUGGCUCUCGCAUUGGCUUCAAUUAUUGGAAUCAAGAAAUUACUUUCGCACAGUCACCAUCAUGAAAGUGCUCAUGAAGUUGUCGUUUCCGGUGGUCAUGUAGGAGGAGGUUGGGGUCGUUCACAAGAAGAUGGACAGAAUUUAGCAUACAAAGGCCAGCACUAAUAGGAAACAAUUUACACUUAUUUAUUGAUGACAACACAUAGAAUACCUCAAAUGAUUCUCAUCCGAUCGUAAUAUACUCGACUAAUUGAGUCUAUAUUCUCACUUUAUACCAAUGACUGAUUACUUUUAAUUUAAUUUUAUUAUUAUUGUUCAUCUAUCUCUGGG